GCAUCAAGUGUGAAUUUGAAUUGAAUAUCCGAACAAGAAAAGAUAAAAUUAACGGAUCUCUCUCUCUCUCUCGGUUGCCAAAUUUUUUGAAACGAAGUUCCCUCCUUCUCUUAUAGAAACCAAAACCCUACGAGACAUGACAUCAGUGCUACCACCGCCGGCGCCCGGCCGAGAGCUCUCUAACCCUCCGUCCGAUGGCAUCUCCAACCUUCGCUUCUCCAACCACAGCGAUCACCUUCUCGUCUCUUCUUGGGACAAGAGCGUGCGAUUGUACGAUGCGAGCGCAAAUGUCCUCAGAGGAGAGUUCAUGCAUGGUGGACCCGUCCUUGACUGUUGCUUCCAUGACGAUUCUUCCGGAUUCAGUGCCGCCGCCGAUAACACUGUCAGGCGGCUCGUUUUCAGCUCUAACAAGGAGGAUAUUUUGGGAAGGCAUGAUGCACCUGUUCGUUGUGUCGAGUACUCCUAUGCAGCAGGGCAAUUGAUCACUGGAAGUUGGGACAAAACUCUAAAAUGUUGGGACCCUAGAGGUGCAAGCGGGCAAGAGCGUACCCUUGUUGGGACAUAUCCACAACCUGAGCGUGUCUACUCUCUAUCUCUUGUUGGACAUCGGCUAGUUGUAGCAACAGCUGGAAGACAUGUUAAUAUUUAUGAUUUGAGGAACAUGUCUCAACCGGAGCAACGAAGGGAAUCUUCUUUGAAAUAUCAAACCAGAUGUGUGCGCUGUUACCCAAAUGGAACAGGAUAUGCACUUAGUUCUGUUGAAGGUCGGGUUGCAAUGGAAUUCUUUGACCUCUCCGAGACCACCCAAGCAAAGAAGUAUGCUUUUAAGUGUCACAGGAAAUCUGAAGCUGGAAGGGACAUUGUCUAUCCUGUAAAUGCCAUGGCAUUCCACCCCAUAUAUGGUACAUUUGCCACAGGAGGCUGUGACGGUUAUGUUAAUGUAUGGGAUGGAAACAACAAGAAGCGGCUGUACCAGUAUUCAAAAUAUCCAACAAGCGUUGCUGCACUUUCAUUUAGCAGAGAUGGACGCCUCUUGGCUGUUGCAUCAAGUUACACAUUUGAAGAGGGGCCUAAACCCCAUGAGCAAGAUGCUAUCUACGUUCGUAGUGUGAACGAGAUAGAGGUCAAGCCGAAACCCAAAGUCUAUCCCAAUCCUUCAUCGUGAUUUACAGAUCCCUGAUUGUAAUUUCCAAAAUAGAAUUUUAUUUUGUCAUUUCUACUCUGUUCACAUAUUUCUUGUGAACACCAACGACAUGCAAACUAUUUUAUGAAGCGCUUGCUAAUUUCUAGACAUGCUACUUUAAGAUUUUGGCAUUUCUACUUUGUGUCCAGUUCCCUUGAAAGUUGUAAAGUUUGUGCUUUUGUAAAGUAAAAUUGAUAAAG